AUGGUCGGAUUCUCGCUCGCUCCAUUCGUCCUGCGCCGGCCCUGGCUGACCAAGAUGCUCACGCCCGCGGCCAACUGGUACGCCGGUGCUGCCGGAUACCAGAAGCUCGGUCUGAGGUUCGACGACCUCAUCGAGGAGGAGCGAGAGUCGUCCCAGAUCGCCCUGAAGCGUCUCAGCCCCAAGGAGUCCUACGAGCGCAUCUAUCGCAUCCGCCGCGCGACGCAAUGCAGCUACCAGCACAAGCUGCUGCCCAAGGACCAGUGGACGAAGCCCGAGGAGGACGUUCCCUAUCUGCGCACCAUCAUCGAGCAGGUCGAGGCCGAGCUCGCUGAGAGGGACGCCCUGGACUCCAUGUCGGUCAUCAAGAAGCACUAA